AAAACGUUUCUUAUCUCUUUUAAAAACAAUACUUAUGAUGGGUUACAUAGCUUAGCCUGACUUCUAUAUAUUCAAUAAUCAACACGGAUUGAAUGCACUUCCAAAGCUUCUCUCUUCUCAUAGACAUUGGAGCACAGAAAGAGCCAUCACACGGGCCACCUGAUACACAAAAACAACAACAUAUGAUGGCUCAAUUAAGGAAUGUGGCAAUUCUUGUCGUAGUCGUUGUGGCUGCAGUGUUACUACAGAGCACAGAAGCUAAAGAUUACGAGGUGGGAGGUGCCACAGGUUGGACUAGUUUUCCUCCUGGUGGUGCUUCUUUCUAUUCCAAAUGGGCUGCAAAUUUUACAUUCAAACUAAACGACACUCUAGUCUUCAACUUCGAAUCUGGAAGCCACAGUGUGGUGGAACUUACCAAAGCUAACUAUGAAAACUGUGAAGUCGAUAACAACAUCAAAGCCUUUAAUAGAGGACCAGCUAGAGUCACCCUCAAUCGCACAGGAGAAUUCUACUUCUCCUGUACCUUCUCAGGUCAUUGCAGCAGUGGCCAAAAGCUAAGCAUUAAGGUCACUGAUUCUUCAUCACCAGCACCUCAGAAAGCACCAGCUGAAGGUCCUUCAGCUUCUGCUCCUCCACCACAGAAUGCCCCAGCUGAAGGUCCUAAUUCAGCUUCUCCUCCUGCAUCUGGUUCAGGUUCCAAUGAAGGAGCUCCAUCAUCCCAAACUGAACCAGCUCCUAUAGCCCCUCCACCACACGGCUCAGCCACACUUCUUGCUUCUACCUUCUCUCUAUUCCUCAUCACCAUUGCCAUCAAUUUUUUGUCUCAUUUUUAGGAUACUUGUUACUGUGAUUUAGAGUGCUAGCAAAUAUCAAUGUAUUAUCUAAUACUCUCAUUCGAACAUAUUUUCUUUUAUCUAUUGAAAUUCAUGUGAUUCUUAUUAACUUAGAAACGAGACAUACAUAUUUAAUUGGAUUCACGGUCACAUGAAUUUCAUUAAAUAAAAGAGAAUGUAUCGGAAAGAUGAUAUUAGAGAAUUUCUCUUAUCAUGAUAUACGCUAAUUUGUAGUGUAUAUCAAUUUCAAUGUGUUGGGUUUUUCAAAAUUUUGGCUUGUGAUAUGUGCCUACUGAGAGGGGCUUGAUUCCUGGUGUGUUGAUGAUGAUAUUGUAUGGUACUUGAAAAAACAUUGUUUUUCAUUGAUUUUCCAGCUGUAUUGAUCCACUUGAUUGAGAUGAUUGUGUAUGAAUAAAUAGCUAUCGUGAUGUGAGUUAUACCAAUUCAGUUUCUUUUA